UUUAUCAGUCACCAACAUUGACACUCACAGAGACUACUAUAACUUAGAGAAGCAGUAUCAGACAAGUACUUGAAUCAUACAAGGAACUUCCAUGGGCUAAAAAUCCAUAGGCUGGUUCUGUUUUUCUUUUGUAAACAUUUUAAAGAGCAAAACCCUUUUCUCUCUCCAUUUACUGUGGCAAGCAAAAGUUGAGCAGCAGAAGUAUCCUUUCCCAAGUGGAUUCCAGAGGACUUUGUGUUUAUCAGCUGUUUUUGCUGCAUCUGGAACGGUUUCGACAAUCCAGUGUGUUGUGGCUGGCUACUUUUCUCUGGAGUGCUGAAUACAGCGGGAGAAUAAGAGCAUACCUAACAAAAUGACAAGGGACUGCCAGACAGGCAGGCAACAAACAAGCAGCCAAAUGAGUUUAUUGUCACCACCUCCUCAACUAGCAGAAACAGCAUUCUCAUCCUUGUUUUUGUUUCCAAAACCAAACUGCCAUCCCAAUUUCUUCAAGAAACACCCCCAAGAAAUCUGCCAGAUAAAUUGCAAAGUGAGCUCUCUGGCUGUCGUGGAGAAAAAUGGAAGUGUUCUCAUUUUUGACAAACAAGGCGAAUACCACCAGGAUCCUCCGCAAAAACCUAAAUACAUGAAUACAGGAAAGAACAUGAGGGUGCAUUCCUUGGAUUUUGAAGCUGAUCAUAUGCUCAUUCUCUCCUCGGAAGGAAAGCUUUCUGAGCACAGCAUUUCAAACACAGCUAAUAAGUCGCAGAGCAAGGAGAGACUGCUGAAAGAAUUAACGAACAGAUACAUUGUCCAAAUCGCAUGUGGUGACCAUCAUUCCAUGGCACUGUCUAAAGGAGGUGAACUUUUUACCUGGGGACAAAACUCAUACGGUCAGCUUGGCACGGGGAAACACCUCUCUACCUGUGAACCACAACUUGUGGAGGAGCUCAGAGACAUCCCCCUGGCUCAGAUUGCUGCAGGAGGAGCUCACAGCCUUGCCCUGUCACUCUCAGGAGCUGUUUACUCAUGGGGGAAGAACGAUUUUGGACAGCUGGGCCUUGGAGACACAGAAAACAAAUAUAACCCUUCAUAUAUUAGAGCUCUAGAACAUAAGAAGACUGUAUAUAUCUCGUGUGGCGGAGAGCACACUGCAGUUCUCUCACAGGAUGGGCUGGUGUGUACCUUUGGUGCUGGAGGUUUUGGGCAACUUGGUCACAACUCCACCCAGAAUGAGCUGAUACCUCGUAUUGUGGCUGAGCUGUUUGGAGCAAAGGUGUCUCAGAUAGCAUGUGGAAGAUGGCACACACUCAUCUAUGUCCCCUCCUUGGGAGAAGUCUAUUCAUUUGGCUGUGGAGCAGAAGGUCAACUGGGAAAUGGGGACACAUCUAAUCGGUUGAUACCACUGCCUGUCCAAUUCCCUUCAGAUUGGGUGAAUGGUGGAAAACUCAACCAGGGAAACAAUACCUCUGAAAAGGUGAUUAAAAUUAUUGCAGGAGGAAACCAAAGCAUUGUGCUUCGCUUGAAGAAAAAGAAUCCAUAUGUUACUUUGAACGGAAUUGCCACAGUGGAAGACAAGGAGGUGGAUAAAUGGAUUUCUAAUUUGGAUUCUAAACAGUGGGAGAAUAUAAAGAAGACUAUCUGGCUGAUCUUUUCAUCUGCGGCUUGUAUCAAUGGAAGUUUCUUGGAAAAAAGUAGGGACAAACAUUUUAGGACCUCCAAAGAAAUCUCAGGAGUAGAUAUGUCAGCAGUGCUUCUUUUUUAUGAGAAGAUGAACAAGAAGCCAAAAGUCGCUUGUGAGGUGAUCUCUGCAGUUCAGAACUUGCUGUCAUCACUGUCUUCCUCUCCCUGCUCACCUGAAGCUCUCAGAGUCUACUUGAUCAUGCCUGUCCUUUUACGGGGACAGGGUAACGUGUCUGACUGUCCUCUUGACCAGCUAGCAAAAGCCACCCUGAGUCUCCAACAAAAAUCCCUGAAAGUUCUUGAAUCCUUAUGGUCAAAUCUAGAAAUAUCCUUUUUCAAGGACCUAGUGAGCAUGUAUCAAAGAGUUUCCAGAAUCAAUCUAUCUCAUUUCAUCACGCAAGUCAGAAACUCUAAUGAUGUUACCUGUGAAUUGCACUUGAAUUGGACUCUGAAAAUGCUGCAGAUUCUUUACCAGGUGAACUCUAGUGCUGGUUUCAAAAUACAAGAAAACAACUUCUAUGUACCUGAAGUGAAAAAGAUUUGGAGCCAAGAUUGGAAUCUGAAUGAAGGAACAACUCCAGAGCAGUGGAACAAAAUCCAGAAUUCAAAGAAAAGAGAAAUGAGGGCUUUGUUGAAACUGACUGAAUACCCUUGCAUCUUUGACAUGCAAGAUAAAAUUGUGGUUUACAAUAUUGACCGCCAAAUUCUGUGCCGUAUACAUAAUCCAAUCAUUUUCCUAAAUUGGUGGUGUUUGAGUAUUAGAAGAGAACACCUUGUGCAUGACGUGUGGCAUAUUUUAAGGAGCGAAACACCUAAAGCAUUUGAGAACUUCUUGAAAGUGCAGUUCAUUGGAGAACAAGGUAUUGAUGAUGGAGGGUUGUCCCAGGAGUUCUUCACUAUCAUUACAAGGGAACUGUGUUGUCCAGAAGCACAGAUAUUCAAAACUUUUGAGGACUCCAAGCUGAUUUGGUUUCCUUCUCAGGUUCCAAGAAGUGAUGACACCUUUUUCCUGAUUGGUACUCUGUUUGGAAUGGCACUGUAUAAUAUGAAGAUCGCGCCCUUUCUUUUCCCUCUAGCUCUGUACAAAAAGUUGCUGGAUAUUCCACCCACUCUAGAAGACUUAAAAGAGCUGUCUCCUAUAGAAGGGAGGGCUCUUCAGGAAAUCCUGAAUGAAGACUAUGACGACAUCCUUGAGAAUAUGAUGAUGGAUUUUACAAUAAUGAAGGAACAAGGAGGAUCAAUAGUUUCCAUUGAACUUAAAGAAAAUGGGGCAGACAUUCCAAUCACAAAGCAUAACAGGAAAGAAUACAUUAAUUUGUACGUGAACUACGUAUUCAAUGAAUCGGUAAAGAGACCAUUCAAGGAAUUCAGGAAAGGGUUUUUAAGAGGAUGUCCAGCUAAAAAGUGGAAACUCUUCCUUCCUAUUGAGUUCCAAACUGUUUUCCGUGGACAUACAAAAUAUGACUGGGAGCUGCUGGAAGAGAAUACAAACUACACAGAUUAUGAAAAGUCUGAUCAAACCAUCAAGAAUUUUUGGGCUCUGUUUCAUGAACUUCCAGAAGAAAAGAAAAAGAAUUUUCUUGCUUUUCUGACAGGAACAGAUCGAAUCCCUGCUGAAGGAAUGAGACAUUUUGAUUUCACUAUUGCAGACCUUAAAAAAGAAAACCCAGACUAUUUCUAUCCCAUUGCCAAUACCUGCUAUCGCAUCUUGAUGCUGCCCAGAUACAGCAAUGAAGAAAUCCUUCGGGAAAAGUUCCUGACUGCCUUAGAGCUUUAUGAAAAAUUUAGCCUAUCGUAAAUUGUGACCAAGAGGAAUUUAAAUUUUUUUUUUCAUAUCUUACUUGUAAUAUUCUUCCAUUGCUAGCUUUUGUUGAGGGAGAGACAACCAAAUCCUGUCUUAUUUUUUACUGCACCUUAAAAACCAUUCAGAUUCAUUCAUCUAUUGGAAUUGCCUUUGACUCCAGGCCUGAGAAUCACCUCUAUAUUGUAGAACAGACACUGAACUAACCAAAUGCAACAUUGACUAAACCAAAAUUGGUAUUGAUAAAAUGACUUUUUCCAUGAAUGAUCUCUCUUACAAUGGAUAGAAAGUAUAUAGACAUACAUCGAGAGAGAUUUUUUUUAUAUGACAGGGAUUUCAAAGGGACCUAGGUAGUAUAUGUAUCUAAGGCAUUGAAAUUCAAAGAGAGUUGAGCAUUUGGAUUUGUGUGAAUGAGUCUUAUAUUCCAUUCCAAAUCCUAGCCUUAAUAUGUAUCAAAAGAAAUCAUUUGCAUAAUGAUUAUACAAUAUGAUUUAUACUAGUUUGACAAUGUAUAUAAUUGGAAUUUUUGUCCCCACAUCUAACUCGAUGUGGGAUGAGGUAUACCUGGGUGGUCGACAAAUGCCUUUGGUUGACCCACGCGCGACACUCAGCGCGGCAACCAUGUAAAUUUAAAUGAAGCGGCGAUUAUUUAAAUCGCCGCUUCAUUUUCCUAUGCCUGGUAGCCUAAUCUACAUGCCUCUGGUGACAGAGGCAUGUAGUCUAGACGUACCCCUAGACUAAUGAAGGGUCACGAGUGGCCCUCCUUCAUCUCAAUGGGCCGCAAGAUUGUCACGUGGUAGAUUUGCUGAUUGCGCUUGCAUACCCAGAAUUUGUAGGGUGUGCCAACUGAACCACAGCAGCGAUUUGAAUGCAGAGGGCGUGCAUGGCUCUUGGUAAAUGUUGCAUGCAAUUAGCACACACUUUCUUCACAUGUCCUUGCUCUCUGUGCAUGUCAGUUUAGUAACACCAGUAGGAAAAAACUACAUGGAUGGAAACCAGCGGAAUCUGACAACCCUGCACAUGGGCAGCAGUAAACAAAAUGUCUCCGGGACCACACCCACUGCUGAUCUAACUUUACUACCUAAUGAAAUUCUGUGUUGGGCAAAAUCACUCUCCCAAUCUUAGCGCUCAUGCUUCCUACAUUCCCACCAUUUAAAAGAAUCUUGCUGCUUCCCACAUGUUCACGCCUAGGGGUUUCAAAGGCCUCUAAUGGUACAGCUACACUGGGGGGGGGCAGAGGGUUUCCAGAAGAGGAAUAGUGCUUGCAUUUGCAUACAUUCAGUUUUUUUCCCCCAGAAGAGGCUUUUCUGCCAUUUGGCUCCCUCUGCAUGGACUGUAGACUUUGCUGGAAGCUGUAUUCUUAAAACAUUAAUGCAAGGACCUUGCAUUUCCAACAAACAUCAAAAUGAUGUGGCUGUAAGUAGUUUUUUUACAGGGUGUUUGGUUUCCUAAGCAAUUAUUGUUUUCAGAAGCAUUAUAUAUUUUAAAAUAAAUGGCAUUGCUGAACUCUUAAGGUCCAAUUGCACAAACAGCUCCAUAUGAAUGGAUCCCGUAGUGAGCUCUGGGAGCUGCCUGUAUUUUGCACGAUCAAGGCAUGGAUAACAUUAUGAAAUAUUGUAAGCACUCCAGACUACAUUCUUCUGUAUAUUUUGUUGCUUGUAAAACAUUUAAAUAUUGCAUCUUUGUCACGGUCAGACAGCAGUACUCAUGGCUUACCCCGAGUACUGCAUGGUUGAUAGACCUUGUUGAAUGGUCAAUGGUCAAUGGUCAGGUAGCUAAAACAAGUUUCAUGUGUAAGCAGAGCUGGCUUAAGCUACGGGCUGACUGGGGUGCCCCAUUCUAGACUGGACUGGCUGGGGGCAGGGCUGCACAUGCGCCAUGCGCCCAGGGUGCAUGAAUGGCUCAGGCUAGCACUGUGUGUAGGAAAGUGUUGAAAUAAACAAGAG